AUGCCGAGUUCAAAAACGAUUGAUUUAUCAACAAAAACAAAUAAUAACAAAAAAUGUGUUAUUACACCGUCGGCAUCCAUUGUUAAACGAAGAAUAUCAUCGACAACAACAUCAGUGAAUAAUAAUAAUAAUAAUAAAACAUUAACACCUGAAAAAUUAUCGCCAACGAACGAAAGGCGAAUGUCAGCUGCUACGACAACUUCAUCACGAACAACAAUUACUCCUACACCAUCGUCCAGUCAUCAUACACCAUCACCAAAAUCGUCACAUGAUGAAGCCGAUAGUGAUGAAGUUAAAGUAUUUGAUUGUGAAAAACAUGAAGAAGAUGUUGAUGUAGAUGGAGAUGGAGGUAGUGAUCGAUUAUCACCGGUUAUCAAAGAAGAAGAGUCGUCUCCAUCUCAACAAUCCAAUCAGACAAAUUUAGCUGAUCGUUUGAACAGUGAUCAUCAAUUUCAUUUAUUUCCAUAUUUAAUGUCACCUUAUUAUAAUGGGAGUCUUUAUAAUGGAACACCACCAUUUGAUAAAAUGCCUCCACUACCACCUGGACUAGGGGGAUCCUUAUCCAAGUUUAUGACACCUCCACCAGCUCAUAUGGGAAUGGGUUUACAGGUUGAUCCAGCCACAGGCGCACCUAAUCCAAUGUAUUCAAUUCCAUCUCCAUCAUCAUUCCAAUCGCUCUAUUCAUCUGGCUUAGCACAACAAUGGCGUCAAACAAUGUUUCCAUUUGGCUUUCCGCCCGGUUAUCCGCUAGCACAAUUUAGUCCGUCAAUUCUAUCACAAUCAUCUCUGGGAUCAUUAUCACCACUAUCUCUAUCACCAUCAUCAGCAGCAGCUGGAGCACAUCAUCGAAUGGAUAAUUCAGGAAGACUCACCAGUAUGUUAGAACAGAAAUUACUUGAUGAAAAACCAAAAAAACCUCAUAUUAAAAAGCCAUUGAAUGCCUUUAUGUUAUUUAUGAAAGAACAACGAGCAAAAGUGGUAUCCGAAUGUACACUGAGAGAAAGUGCAGCAAUUAAUCAAAUUCUAGGAAGAAAGUGGCAUGAAUUAGAUCGAACUGUUCAACAAAAAUAUUAUGAUAUGGCACGAGAUGAACGUCUGAGACACAUGCAAUUAUAUCCGGGAUGGAGUGCAAGGGACAAUUAUGGUGUGAGAAAAAAACGUGGUGGAAAAGGAAAAAAACGAGAAAAAAUAUCUGGUGAAAAUGGAGAAUGUGUUAAUCAGAAAAAAUGUCGCGCACGUUUUGGUUUGGAUCAACAAGGACAGUGGUGUAAACAUUGCAAGCGAAAGAAAAAAUGUAUUCGUUUUACAGAAGAAGGUGGAGAUGGUAUGGGUUCCGUGAAUGGUGGCAAUGAGACAACGUCAAACGAUGAUGAUGAUCUAAGUGGAGAUGACAACGAUGAUACCGGUG